AUGCUCCCAAGAACACCUCUGUGUGACUUUUCAUUAAAACUGCAGGACCUGUUAUUUUCUCUUUCAGAUCCUCCGAAGACCGUCUCAGUAUCAGUGAGCCCCUCUGGUGAAAUAGUGGAGGGCAGUUCAGUGACUCUGACCUGCAACUGCGACGCCAACCCACCAGUGCAGAACUACACCUGGUUUAAGAAGAAUGACACUGGAGUCUGGCAGCCAGGAUCUGGACAGAGUUUGAACUUUUCUAACUUUAGAUCCUGGAACAGAGGACAGUACUACUGUGAGGCACAGAACAGACUUGGAGCUCAGAAUGCUUCUGCUCUACUGGUCACAGUGCAAGGAGGUCAGUCACUGAUCGUGGCUGCAGCUGUGGGAGUGGCUGAAAUUUUGGCUCUUGUGUUUCUGGGUGUGUGCCUGAGGAGGAGAAAAUCAACAAAUGAGACAGAAGGGGACAGGCAGGGGAAUAAAAGCCCCAUUGAUGGCAACGUCUCAGGGAUGGCAAUGAGUCACACUGGAACACAGGGUACGGACAGAGACGACGGUGAAGUUCCCCUCUACGCCUCUGUUCAGCCCACUAACACCCGCAACCAGAGCGUCUCACUGGAUAGACCAGAGUGUCUCACUGGAUUGACCAGAGUGUUUCACUGGAUAGACCAGAGUGUCUCACUGGAUAGACCAGAGUGUCUCACUGGGGAGAGCUGAGAUUGUUGUGCUGUGAUUUAUGUUGGAAACAAAAACACAAAGAAGUAUUUAGAUUCUAACCAUAGUAGAUGUGUGACAUUUACAUCAGCGUGUACAAUAUUAGAAAUGAAUGGUAGCCAAAAAAUGUGCAUCCAUAACACUUGGUCAUGUAAGCAUGUACAAAGCAAACCCUGGAAACAAAAAUACAAAUGAGCAUUUCUGAGAUUCCAGUACUUCUCACUACAUCUGUAACAGUUUAUAUAUUUAUGUGUUUGCAGGACCGGGUGU